GCCGCAGAGGACAUGCGAUCUGUGAUAGCUGCUAUGCUAACUGGUCAAGAACAAACGGAGCUACAUAAUGGUCUAAAAAAAGAAAAACUGUGAUAGUAUUCUAUGUUUUCGUGACAAUAUGAGUAACAGACUUGCGUUGGUAUGAGUGGCACACUGACUCGUUUACGGCUGAAAAUUUUGAGCAACUGGUUUGCGUUUCGAGGCGGCGUCUCUCCGGAUCCUCAGAUUCGCCACCGGCUCCCUGAAUUCCAUUCCGCCUUUUACUUUCCCAGCGCGUUCUUCCGUCCCACACAGGACUUCCCUGUGACUUGCAAAGAGUGCAUUCAUCCACUCCUCAACCAGCAGAGUGUUGAAGCGCGCACGUUUGGAGCCCAUCGCCGAACGCACAGCCAAAUCGGAGCGGAUCUCCACUCCUCUUUUCCCCACCUGUUGAUGCAGUCCCGACGGGCCACGGAACGCAGAGGAGACGUGUGAUUUCGUCCCGGGAAGCAACCCGUGAAGGACCUUUUUGUUUCCCCUUUCCCCAGAAGUUGCAGCCUGUGCGGGGUUGGAGGAAAAUGGAAUCUUGGAUGUGUGGAGUUCUAUCUUUGUUACUCUCAUGCCAGCUGGUCACUGUGACACAGUCCUCCAAGGUGUGGGGAGAGGUCCCUUUGCCAGAUGACUUAGUGGAGCAAAACAAUGUCCAGGCGGUGCCGAGUUUACUGGCCGAUGAUGAGGAUUUCAUCGCUGAUGAAGCUUCUGGAGAUCUGCCCAGUGGCGAGGAUGGGGGAAGUGCACCAUGGCCUCCAGUCUCUGAGAGCACAAAGUACUGGUUGGACUCUUCCUAUGUGGUGAACAUAAAGAGUGCAGUCGAGCCAGCCUACAUUUAUUACAGAGCUCUUGUCAACUUCACUGAUUCCAUCAUCUACGGCCCAGAACUGGAGGACAUCUUCUCACCAGGCUUUAAUGAGAUCUCAGAAGCUGUGGUUGACACGUUGGAGUCAGAGUACAACAGGAUUCCAGGUGUCCAGACAGUCAGCGUGGUCCUCAUUAAGAAGAUGGUUAGAGAGGAUGGCGUUGACGUAUUUGUGGAACUGGACGUGGGCUCGGAUUACAACAGCAACAGUGAACAGAUCCGAAGUGUGUUGUACAGUGUGGUUCAGAAUGGAGCAAUUGCCUCCUAUGUCACAUCAGUGGAAGGCUUUCAGUUCAGAGAGCUUGGUGAAGUGGAGCCGAUAGCAGUGCCAGUAAUACCUGGCAUCAGACCGUGCAUGCCGGAUGAGCACAGGUGUGGUGACGGAACUUGUAUCCUGUUGGAAUACCUGUGUGACAAUCGACCAGAUUGCCGUGAUAUGAGUGAUGAGAAACAUUGUGGAAGCCCCGUAGCAACCACCCCUACUCCUAUCAUCACCACCGCCAUCGUUAAACCUCCACAGUCACCCGUCAUUCCAGGACUCUGCAGAGCAGAUCAAGCAAAGUGCCAGAGCGGAGAGUGUAUCCCUCGAGACUACAUCUGUGACGGGGAGAGAGACUGCUUGGACGGAAGUGACGAAUUCCAAUGUGGAACUCCGUCUCCAUGUGAACCAAAUGAGUUUAAGUGUAAAAACGGUCGUUGUGCCCUCAAGCUAUGGCGUUGUGAUGGAGACAAUGACUGUGAGGAUAAUUCGGAUGAGCUAGACUGCCCCACCAAGGGUCCAGAUGACAGGUGUGCCCCUGAGCAGUUUGAAUGCCUCAGUGACCGCACUUGCAUCCCAUCUAGUUACCAAUGCGACGAAGAGCCAGACUGCCCUGACCGCUCAGAUGAAUAUGGCUGCACCCCUCCCUCUGUGACAAGCCCACCAGAAGAAUCCAUUCAAGCUUCCCGGGGAGCUACUGUAACAUUCAGUUGUCAGGCUGUUGGAGUGCCAACACCCAUCAUCACCUGGAGGCUGAACUGGGGUCACAUCCCUAUCAGCGGCAGAAUCUCCAUGACCAGUGAGAACGGUCGUGGCACUCUUACAAUCCGUGACGUGAAGGAGGCCGAUCAGGGGGCCUACACCUGCGAGGCCAUCAACGCCAAAGGUCUGGUGUUUGGUAUUCCUGAUGGGGUUCUAACACUUUCUUCCAAUCCCAAUCCAGACAACUGCCCAGACGGUCACUUCCGUGUAGAAGGCCGUUGUGUUUCCUGCUUCUGUGCUGGAAUCACCAAGAAUUGCAAACGCACUGGACGCUUCCGCAAUCAGAUCAGUCUGCGUUUCACCGAGGAGGAAGAUUUUAAAGGAGUGAAUGUCAGCUACCCAUCCAGACCAGGCACUCCCCCUCUUUCUUCCACUCAACUCCUCAUCAACCCUGAGAUGGAAGAGUUCCAGCUUGUUGAUUUGUCACGUCGCUUUCUCAACCUGGACUCAUUCUGGACCUUGCCCCGCCAGUUUCUUGGUAACAAGAUUGAUUCCUAUGGAGGAUCACUGAAGUACAAAGUGCGCUUCACAUUGGCCCGCGGUCUUUCUGAGCCUGUGGAGAAGCCGGACGUAAUACUUGUUGGGAAUGGGCGCAGGCUUGUAUAUCGCAGAGGGAGUGACGCCUCUGCUGGUGUGGUCAACCAGCGAGAAAUCAAAUUCACUGAGGAUAACUGGCAGCACUCCAGCGGACGGCAAGUAAGCCGGGAGGAACUAAUGAUGACACUGGCUAAUUUGGACAGCAUCAGCAUCCGCACCAUCUAUGACAACCACAUGGUCAGCGUGGCACUCAGUGAUAUCGUCAUGGAUACCACCACUGUGGAGUUCAGUACUCGGGGUCAUGCUAAGGAUGUUGAAGAGUGCAGAUGUCCUCCUGGAUAUACGGGCCUGUCCUGUGAAAUGUGCUCCUCUGGUUUUGAGCGUGUCCCUGGUAGCUCCUAUCUGGGUACCUGCGCUGGUUGUAACUGUAAUGGACAUGCCAGCGCUUGUGAUCCAAUCAGUGGACACUGUCUGAGCUGCCAGCAUAACACAGAAGGCCCUCAGUGCGACAAGUGUCGACUCGGUUACUUUGGUGACCCAAGACGAGGCCGAGCGGAUGACUGCAAGCCUUGCCCUUGUCCAUACUAUGAAACCUCUCGCCGGUUCUCUGACACCUGCUUCUUUGACUCUGACCAACAGCCAACAUGUGAUGCUUGCAAGCCCGGCUACACAGGAAGACGCUGUGAAAAAUGUGCUCCUGGUUUCCAGGGUAAUCCUCUUCUGCCAAAUGGAAAAUGUGUUCCUCACCAAACAAAGUGUGAUAACAGAGGAAGCGUCAGCUCAAGCAGCAGGCCAUGCAGCUGCAAGAACUACGUGGCGGGCGCUCAAUGUGAUGAGUGCAAGCCAGGCUUCUUCCACCUGUCAGAGAACAACCCUGAGGGUUGUCUGCGUUGUUUCUGCAUGGGUGUGUCCAAACAGUGUGCCAGCUCUACUUGGAGUCGAGAUCAGGUACGAGGAGGAGUGAACGGGCAGCUUUUUACACUCACCAACAGUGGCAACACAAGAACUAUCAGCGAGGGUAUCUCUCAGAGGGGCCCCUCAGAAGUUGUCUAUCGCUCCUUUUCCAGCAUCCCCAACGAUAUCUACUACUGGGUCGUGCCUGAGAGCUUCAGAGGAGAUAAGGUGACAGCGUAUGGUGGAGAGCUACGCUACACAGUACAUUAUGAGCCAUUUCAGCGUUCCCUGGUGAUUGAUGGUCAGCCAGAUGUGGUUCUCCAGGGCAAUGGCAUUUCUCUAGAACACUACUCCCAGAUCAAGCCCCUACCACGUGUGUCACAAACAGUCACUGUGACAUUCAGAGAGUCUGCAUGGCGUCGCGCUGAUGGGCAACCAUGCACACGGGAACACCUCCUUAUGGCCCUGGCCGAUGUUAGCGGCUUGCUCAUUAGGGCCACCUAUGCUGACAACAUGGCAGAGAGCAGUAUAUUAGACAUCAAAAUGGAUAUCGCUGUGCCGCACUCAACUGGAAAUGAGCGUGCCCUUGAGGUAGAAGAAUGUGCAUGCCCUCAGGGAUACAGCGGACCUUCUUGCCAGGAGUGUGAAGAAGGUUACACUCGGACCAGCUCUGGUCUUUACCUGGGCACUUGUGAGAGGUGUGAUUGCAAUGGGUAUGCCAGCAGCUGUGACCAGGAGACCGGCAGGUGUCUUCAAUGUCUACACAACACUGAUGGACCAAGGUGUGAACGGUGUCAGCCUGGUUACUAUGGAAACCCAGGAGCAGGAGCUGCCCAGGCAUGCCAGCCUUGCCCAUGUCCUGGAACAGCGUCAAACAACCAAUUCUCCUCAACCUGUUAUUUGGACUCUGAUGGUCAGCCAACAUGUGGUUGUCCCCCUGGAUACACUGGCCGACGCUGUGAGAGAUGUGCACAAGGAUACGCAGGCAACCCGUUGUUUGGACAGAAGUGUAUUUCGGGCAACAACGAAGUCAAUGGUAACUGCUACAACUGCGAUCCAAGAGGAAGUGAAGGCUGCAAUGGCGGAUCUUGUCGCUGCAAAAUGAACGUUGAAGAUCCAUCCUGCUCCACAUGCAAGCCUGGCACUUUCCAUCUUAGCCAGCAAAACAAAGAUGGCUGCCUGUCCUGUUUCUGUAUGGGUGUCACCCAGCAGUGCUCCAGCUCUAACUACUACAGAGACCUGGUAUCAUCAACAUUUUCCCCAGGGAACUUCCAGGGAUUCGCGCUAGUGAACCGUCAACGGACAAACCGAAUCUCCACUGGUUUUACAGUUGAGGUUUCCACUGAGGGAACUCAACUAUCUUACAGCAACUUUGACUACCUUGGGCAGGAGCCCCACUACUGGCAGCUUCCUGGGGUCUUCCAGGGAGACAAGACAGAUUCGUCUUUUACUCGUAUGAAACGAGCAGAACAGGGUGAUGUCAGACAGCUCGAUGAUGAGGUCUGGGCACUCCUCUCGAACUUUUCCCUUCAACAGUCUCCACUCUCGUCUUUCACCUCUUCUCGUGUUCCAAAAUCCUCCUCUUCUUCAUCCUUUUCCUCUUCCCCUCGAUGGCCUUUGCGUAACCUGAGCCCACCUCGUCGUCCGUCUGACAUCUCCUCUUCAGUUAGACCAGCCAGACCCCAACCGUACUCUCCAGGCCAUGUGUCUCAUAUGCAGACCGAGAACACAGUGAGCAAGAUGACUGCUCGUGCUUCUGGAGCCGUUAGCAAGUACUCUCUGGUCUACAAAGGUUUCAGCUUGCACCAGGACCAUCUGCUCUACUGGCAGCUCCCCGCACAGUUCACAGGGGAUAAGGUGGGUUCGUAUGGUGGCAAACUGAAAUACACAAUCUCCUACGUGGCUGGUCCGAGAGGAACUCUACUUGAAGAUGCCGAUGUGCAAAUUAUUGGUAAUGACAUCACUCUGGUAGCUGGACAACGCUGGCAGAGAAGGCAGCAUGGCAGCAGAGAGACUCAACAAUUUGAGGUCAUCUUCACCGAGGAACACUGGCGUCGUCCUGAUGGCAUGCCGGCCACACGAGAGCACUUGUUGAUGGUUCUGGCUGACCUGGAUGACAUCCUGAUCCAAGCUUCCUACAACACUGAGAUGCGCUCGUCCAGUAUCUCCGACAUCAGCAUGGAAGUGGCCGUGCCCAACUACAGCGGCCUGGCGCAGGCCCUGGAGGUGGAGCAGUGCCGCUGCCCGCCUGGAUACCAGGGUCUUUCCUGCCAGGACUGUGCACCCGGAUACACUCGCACCGGUGGAGGCUUAUACCUAGGUCACUGUGAGCUCUGUGAGUGCAACGGCCACUCAGACUCCUGCCACCCCGAGACUGGCAUCUGCACAAACUGCCUGCACAACACUCAAGGUGAGCUCUGUGAGCAGUGCGCCUCCGGCUUCUUUGGUGACCCCACUGUUGGCACACCAGAGGACUGCCAGCCCUGUGCCUGCCCUCAUACUGACCCGGAGAACCAGUUCUCUCCUACCUGCGAGAGCCUGGGAAAUGGAGGCUAUCAGUGUACUGCCUGUCAGCCUGGAUACACAGGCCAAUACUGUGAGCGAUGUGCUCCUGGUUAUGUUGGCAACCCACAGGAAAGACAGAAGUGCCAUCCAUAUGAUGCUGCAGCUUCAUUGGUGGUGCGGGUGUAUCCAGAGAGGGUCCUAACAACCCAGGGUGGCUCAGUCACCCUGCGGUGUCAAGUGUCUGUUUCCCAUCCACACUACUUCUCCUGGUCCAGAGAAGACGGGCGGUCCAUCUCAAGCAGUGCUGACCGACCCAGACAAGGAGCAGAACUGUACUUCUCCAAUGUCCAGCCAAGUGAUGCUGGUGUUUACAUCUGCACCUGCUGGGACCAGCGGAGCACCAACAGGAGUCGUGCUGAAAUUGUUGUCACAAGUAUCCCAACAAAAGCCAUUGAAGUGACAGUUGAGGAACCCAAAGCUCAAACAGUCAGGGUGGGGUCGACUGUAAACUUCAUCUGUACAGCAAAGAGCAAGUCACCAGCCUACACGCUCGUCUGGACCCGGCUGGGUAACGGGAAGCUUCCCAACCGGGCGAUGGACUUCAACGGAAUCCUGACCAUUCAGAACGUCCAGCCAGAGGACGCUGGCGUGUACGUCUGCACAGGCUCCAACAUGUUCGCUAUGGACGAGGGCAAUGCUGUCCUCUAUGUGCCAGAGGCCUCACAGACAAAGAUGUUUUACACAGCCUAUGAAAUGUUUGAAGGACACAGAAAGCCUGCAGAGGGGGCCCAGCCUGUAGCCAACAUCAACCCCUCUAUGCUGACUGUGCAACAAGGGCAGAGGGCUGAGUUUCGCUGUACAGUGACCGGCAACCCAAAUCCCGCCAUCGAAUGGAUCGGGGGUCCUGGGAACAGAAUGAGUCCCCGGGCAGUGAUAAGAGGCAACAUGUUGACCUUUGCAGCAGUGGAUCAGGCAGAUGAGGGGGAGUACGCCUGCAAAGCUCUGAACACCCACGGCGAGCACACAGCACGUGUUUCCCUCUUUGUCAAAACAUCGAACCCCAAUGGCCUUGGCACACAGCCCCAAGUUCAAGUCAGUCCUCAAAAUAUUGAUGCUCAAGAGGGCGACAGCUUGAGAUUGUACUGUCGCACAUCAGGAUCACCGACCCCGAAGCUCACCUGGCUCAAAAACGGGGGACAAAUCCCACCCCAGGCCAUUCCCUCUCAUGGUUUCCAUCACUUUAAAAGCAACAGUGUCGAUGUGUUACACAGACGUAUUGAGGAGCUUCAGGCCAGCAUGGACCGCACUGACAUCGGUACACUGCUCAUCCCAAAUGUAAAAGUAUCGGACUCGGGCACGUACAUGUGUGUCGGCAGCAACAGUGUGGGCUCGAAUAGCGCACCCAUUAAAGUUGCGGUGCUCAAAGCGGAACAAAGUUCCUCAAUUGUCAGAAUCCAGCCGUCAGAAGCAGACGUCCAUGAGGGUCACAACCUGUACCUCAAUUGUAUCCCCUCUGGAAAUCCCCCUCCCCGAGUCACUUGGACGAGAGCGAGCGGAAGGCUAUCGUCCAAUCACCAGGUUGUUGGCACUCAGCUUCGUAUCCUGUCAGCGACCCCUGAGGACGCGGGAGAGUACAUCUGUCAAGUGCAGAGCACUCCGGGGUCUCAAAUCCACCGAGCCACUGUCUCUGUGUCGGUCAUUUCAUCUUCCUCACGUCUUCAAAGUCCAAUCAUCGCCAUCGAGCCUCACAGCGCUGCAGUACGUGUCGGCGAAUCGGCCAGCUUCAGGUGCAAAGUGUACAGCGGAGCCCAACCUGUCAGACUGGAGUGGAAGCUAUCUGGCAACCAACCACUGCCAGACAAUGUCAAAGUUAGCCCUGAUGGUUCUGUGAUUUCCAUUGCAAAUGCAAAACCCAUGAAUCAUGGUGCUUACCGCUGUGUGGCCAGCAACCCGUUUGGCAUCACCCACACUAUUGUGUCCUUGAUUGUGAAAGAGUCUCCUGUGGCCACUGUCACCCCUGUUGGGCCAGUGCACAUCAAGGUCGGUGAACCCAUUAACUUGGAGUGCCAGGCUCCAGGAGAGCCCCGCCCUUCUGUCUCAUGGCACAGGUUGGACAGCAACCGCAAGAUCAAGCUGACCAGCCCCGUUCCCAUGGAGUCCAAUGCAGUCAUGCAGAUACUUGUGGCUCGUCCAGAAGAUAGUGGCACAUAUGUGUGCGUAGCACGCAACAACGAAGGUAGCACUGAAACCAAGGUGGAAGUCAUCGUGCAGGGAGGCUCCCAGCUGCCCUCCGUGCCCAGAGUCAUUGUUCCCGAGCCGCUCAUGAUUGUGGUGGAAGGACAGACUGCAACCCUACGCUGUGAUGUCCAUGGUUUCCCCGCCCCAACUAUUACAUGGUCCAAAUUGCGGUCCCCUCUCCCUUGGAGACAUAAGGUGGUGGACAACAACCUGGUACUGCCUAAUGUGGGACGCCAAGACGCUGGGGAAUACAUCUGCAGUGCUGUCAACAACAUGGGAACUACUGAAGUUACCAUUACACUGGAUGUGGAAACCCCUCCGUAUGCUACUUCUGUGCCCGAUGAUGUGGCAGUGCGUGUCGGGGAGGUGAUCAGGUUGCAGUGCCUGGCACAUGGCACUCCUCCACUGACGUACAUUUGGACCAAGCUGGAUGGUGCGUUGCCUUCUAGGGCCCUGGUCAGCGACGGAGAUCUCCAAAUCAAUUUGGCUACCGCAGAGGAUACAGGGAGCUACAAAUGUGUUGCCAGCAACAAAAUUGGCCACAGUGACGUAGUGGCUAAAGUUACAGUCAGAUCGCCAUUGGCAGUGCGUGUGUCACCACAAGUGGAGGUGAAGGCCCAGGGCAGCGCUGUGGAGUUCACGUGUUCAGCAGCUGGUGGGGUGGAAACGAAAAUUGAGUGGCUGAAAGAAGGAGGUGGUCUUCCGCCCAACCACCAUGUCAAGGACGGCGUGCUCAGGAUUGAAAACCUCGAACAGAGCAAUGAAGGUGUUUACAUCUGCAGAGCAAGCAACAUGUAUGGUCAGGCUCAGGACGCAGCCAGGCUCACUAUCCAAGCACUGCCCAAGGUGAUGAUCAAUGUGCGCACCUCGGUGCAAACCGUCAUGGUUGGGAACUCAGUGGAGUUUGAAUGCCAGGCUGUCGGUGACCCCGAGCCCACUGUCAAGUGGAGCAAAGUAGGUGGGCCUCUGCCAACCCACAUCGUGGUGAUGGGUGGCAUGCUGAAAAUUGAGCAGGUGACGGAGGCAGACGCAGGACAGUAUCGUUGCACAGCCACCAAUGAUGUAGGGUCGGUGCAGUCUCAGGUGGUCCUCAAUGUCCAGUCGCUUCCUCAAAUUUCUGCACUCCCUGAAAGGAAGGAGGUGACUGUUGGAUCAGACGCUGUAUUGCCAUGCGUGGCAUCAGGAUAUCCUGUACCUGAGAUCCGAUGGUCCAAGCUCGAAGGUGAACUACCACCCAAGUGCUUCCAGGAAGUAAAUGUGCUGACAGUUCCUCGGGUCACGCAUAGCGAUUCAGGGACGUAUGUGUGCACCGCAUCAAACAAACAGGGCAAAGUAGAAGCCUUCACAAGACUGGAUGUUCAUGAAAGAGUGAUGCCGUACUUUGCCCAGGAGCCUUUGUCCUAUCUCACCCUGCCCACCAUCAAAAACGCCUAUAAUGCUUUCGGCAUCAAAAUUAACUUUAGGCCCGACAAUGUUGAUGGUAUGAUCCUUUACAACGGUCAGAGGAGGACAACAGGAGCAGACUUCAUUUCUCUUGGCCUUGUAGGUGGCCGUUUAGAGUUCAGGUUCGACGUGGGUUCGGGCAUGGCUACUAUUCGUGACCCCAACCCAAUCAAACUGGGAGAAUUUCACACAGUCGAGCUGCAUCGCAACCUCACCCUGGGCUAUAUUGUGGUGGAUGGAGGGGAGCCUGUCAAUGGCAGCUCACAGGGAAAGUUCAAGGGCUUGGAUUUAAACGAGGAGCUGCAUGUGGGUGGUUACCCCAACUACACUUCUCUGGCCAAAACUGCUGGCAUCAAGACCGGCUUUGUUGGUUGCAUUCGCCAGCUGGUCAUUCAAGGUGAGGAGGUCCUCUUCAAGGAUAUGGAUCGUAGCUCCACUGGUGUUACGAACUGUCCCACCUGCAAGGAUCGUCCAUGCCAGAAUGGAGGGAAGUGCGAGGACUCGGACACCAGCUUGUAUACAUGCAGCUGUCCCAGAGGAUUCACUGGCAGCAACUGCCAGCACCACUCUUCCCUUCACUGCCACUCAGAGGCCUGCGGACCAGACGCUACUUGCAUUAAUCGGCAAAAUGGUCUGGGCUACGAUUGUCGCUGCCACCUUGGCAAGUUUGGAAACAAAUGCAUGGAUGGGGAAUUGGUAACCACUCCGCUGUUCAACGGGGAGGAGUCGUAUAUCUCCUACCCUCCACUGACCAAUGUCCAUGAUGACCUGCGAGUUGAACUGGAGUUCAAACCCAUUGAGAGAGACGGUCUGAUGUUCUUCUGCGGCGGGAAGAAGAUGAAAGUGGAGGACUUUGUCGCUAUCUCCAUGGCGGAUGGGCAUGUGGAGUUCAAGUAUGAACUGGGCACAGGCCAGGCAAUCCUUCGCAGUCCAGAACCAGUUUCUCUGGGCCAGUGGCACAGAGUUGUGGCCGAGCGUAACAAGCGGGAUGGUCACCUUAGAGUUGACCAUGGUCCAGUGGAAAAGCGGACUUCUCCUGGAAAAGCCCAGGGCCUCAAUAUCCACACCCUGAUGUUCCUGGGAGGUGUCCCCAACAUUGAAAUCCUACCAAAGCCUGCAAAUGUCAGCGAGAUGUUUAAGGGUUGUAUUGGAGAGGUCCUCAUCAACAACAAGAAGGUGGAUCUGUCCUACAGUUUUACAGAGAGUAGAGCAAUCCACAAGUGUGUGGACACAAGCCCUUGUGACCGACGACCUUGCUUGAAUGGAGGUCAUUGCAUGCCCAAUGCUGAGUAUGAGUACCAGUGCCUCUGUAGGGAUGGAUUUGAAGGUGAGCGUUGCGAGAUCAUCAAAGAUGUGUGCCACAGUGACUAUCAGUGCCAAAAUGGCGGCAGCUGUGUUCAUGGACACUGUGUGUGCCACUCGGGAUUCGCCGGCCUCAACUGUGAAGAAAGCAGCGUCUUCAGCUUCCCUGACGCCGCGUGGAAUUCAGAAGCUAGCCAGGCUAAUGAUUCCCCCUACCAGUAUGCGGCUCAUUUUCAGAACGACGGAUACAUUGCCCUUCCUAAAUCCAUGAUACAAAGAAGAGCACAUGACUCGCCGGAGACCAUUGAAUUGGAGAUCAAUACCCUCUCCUCUGAGGGUCUGAUUCUGUGGCAGGGAGUUGAAACCAAUGGCACACUCACUUUGCGAAAGAUGCAUGCUAGUAAAAAGGAACGUGGCGAACACGGCAGAGGCAAGGACUUUAUCAGUCUCGGAAUUCACAAUGGACACCUCAUUUUCAGUUACCAGUUGGGCAGUGGUGAGGCGGAGAUCAUGUCGCGACAUUCCAUCAAUGACGGACAAUGGCAUAAAGUUAAAGCAGUCAGGACUGGAAAAGAUGGCUACAUCCAGAUAGAUGGUGGUUCUGUACUACAUGGACAGUCAAAGGGAAAAAGCAUCAUGGUCAACACAAAAGGACACCUUUACCUUGGUGGAGCUCCGGACAUGGCGGCCAUGACUGGAGGGAAGUUUUCUUCUGGAAUAACGGGGUGCGUGAGGAACCUGUCCCUGAUGAACGCACGGCCAGAAGACCAGCAGGCCCAGACCAUCGAUCUGCAAGCCCACGCAGCUCACAGCGUCAACAUGCAGCCGUGCACAUCAUAGACCGUACACAACACGCAUGUGCAAAGACAAACUCCCAAAUACACACAUACCCUACACAGACAUACACGCAGACUGUGGAGUGAUUUUAUCUAAACACUCAGAGAGACUGACACGCGUAGAACCUUAUACAAACUUGGUGCUUAGCUGCUACCAAAAAUCACCUUGGUGUGGUGAAACCAAAACAAAUCAGAAAAACAUUAUUUCUUCUCUUCCUCAUUUUUUUUAUUCUGGAAGAAGGAAAAGGUGCAGUUUACAUACAGUACUUUGAGCAGUAGUUUUAGCCAUGAGAAAUCAGAUCCUAUGGAGUUGGAGAGGUUUUUACAGCACUGAAUUUUUAUUUAUAUGCAUAUGAAUAUAUAUUAUAUUUGUGGGGGAAACUUGCAAACUAACCAUAACUGCACUUCCUAGAAAUUGUUCUGGCAUCUAACACUGCUUAAUCAGAGGUUUUCACCGUUGUACUACUAUGACUUGAUAAUGUCUAAGAUUUUCUUUCGUUUGGCGCGAGUGUGCUCGCUAUGGGGACGGAGCACAUGCUCGGAGCACAUACAGCCGCAUGCAGUUUCAGCACACAACUCAGGUCAUCAACAACAACAAAAAAAAGAUCUUUUUUUUUUACAUUACCUUUCGAGCACUUGUGUUUUCCGUCUGUUUUUGUUCUUUUUUUUUUUACAAGAAAAGACUUGGUGCUAAUUAAUGUCAGACACUAGGAUAGACCAUAGUCAUGUGGUUAUUUUAUUUUUUUAAAGGAUAUCUGACAAGAUGGCUGAUGUAGCUGCAUUCUGCUACAUACAGUACAUGUGCCUUUUUACCAUUCAGUUCAUCACAAUUUUGCUUUUGUAACAAACCAAGAAAUUUUGACAUUGAUUUUCUCUGGGGUGGACGUACUGUUGUCUGCAAAUGUUUUUAUGUUAAGAGAGUUCAGAAUGACUAUGGCUUAUGCUUAUAUUUACCCAAGUGCGUGUUCUUCAAUUUCACGAUGAAAUUAUUCUGUGAUUAACACCACAGCCUUGUUUGAUUGAGUAGAUCUCAAAAAAGUGGUUUCAUAUUUUCUGUGUAGCUUUUGAAAGCCACUUGGGUAGGUCUUAGCAUUUAUUGGGAGUGCUUGUUAGCCCAGAGGUGCCUUGAGAUGUUUGUUUUAGGGAUGCUUUAAUGAAAUGUGUGAUUUUGAGGCAGACACCAAAUGUCAGUGUGUUCUUUGGAGUUGCUGUGACCCGUGUUGCUCCGAUCAGGAAUGCUCGCUCCUUGCACCCUCCCCACCUUUUUUUUUUUUUUUUUUUUUUAAAACAACACAGUUUUCUCUUUAUGAGCUUAAAAUGUUUAGAUAAGCACCAUCCUGUCAGUUAGCCCUGCUUCAUUCUUAUUUAUUUUACGAUGCCUCCUUUCACUCUACUGUUUUAGAGCAUUGUUUUUCCCUCCUCUGUAUAUCAGGGGUUGCCUCCUGCAUCUCCCCCUCAACGUUGAACACAUCCCCCAAUUUCCUCCCAGAAAAGUUCUUCCCAUCAUGAGGCUGAAAACCUAUGUUCUAAAAUUGCAGCAAAUUGACACCAUUUUCGUUUAAAUGUGAAAAUGUGAUUGGAGAUCGAGUCUAGGCUGUGGUCCAGUUUAGAAAGCGAGAAAGUGAAGUUCUGAAACUGAAUUUCAAUAUGUACACUGUUGCUAAAUGGAAGCUUUGUCAUGUGAGAUUUUUUUUUGUUUUUUUUCAAACCCAACAUUGGUUAUUGGUUUGAAUUCUUUAUAAAAGGUGCCCUUUUAGUCAUGAUUUGUUUUGUUUUUUUACGUUUUAAAAAAAAUAAAUAAAAAAUUAUUCUGCACAGUGACGGAAGAUGGCUCAAUUGGGGAAAAAAAAUACCGACAGUAUAUUAUGUUAUGAUAACCUGAUGAUCCAAUGUUGAAACAACAUGCCCCUACCCUUUGUGUUUCUUAAAUAAAAACUAAAUUCAUGUGCUA